AGGAGCAGAAAAGGGGGCGGGGGACUCGGCUUGUUGUGUUGCUGUCCCAGAACCUGAGCCAGUCCAGCUGCGGACAGAGCUCCUCCAGCCGCCCUACAAUGUCGUCUCAUUUACUGGAGCCGCCGCCGCCCCUGCACAACAACAACAACAACAACUGUGAAGAAGGAGAGCAGCCUUUGCCCCCGCCUGCUGGCCUUAACAGUUCCUGGGUGGAGCUCCCCAUGAACAGCAGCAAUGACAACGAAAAUGGCAAUGGGAAAAAUGGGGGGCUGGAACACGUCCCUUCCUCAUCCUCUAUCCACAAUGGAGACAUGGAGAAGAUUCUUUUGGAUGCACAACAUGAAUCAGGACAGAGCAGUUCAAGAGGCAGUUCUCACUGUGACAGCCCUUCCCCACAAGAAGAUGGACAAAUUACUUUUGAUGUGGAAAUGCACACCAGCAGGGACCAUAGCUCUCAGUCAGAAGAAGAAGCUGUAGAAGGAGAGAAAGAAGUUGAUGCUCUGAAGAAAAGUGUGGACUGGGUGUCAGACUGGUCCAGUAGGCCCGAGAACAUUCCACCUAAGGAGUUCCAUUUCCGACACCCAAAACGGUCUGUUUCUUUAAGCAUGAGGAAAAGCGGAGCCAUGAAGAAAGGGGGUAUUUUCUCCGCGGAAUUUCUUAAAGUGUUCAUUCCAUCCCUCUUCCUGUCUCAUGUUUUGGCUUUGGGGCUAGGCAUCUACAUCGGAAAACGACUGAGCUCGCCUUCUGCCAGCACCUACUGAAGGAAAGAAGCCCCUGGCAAAGCGUGUGACCUGUGAACUGGUGUAUUGUCACAGUAGUGUAUUUGAACUUGAGACCGUUGUAAGCAUGACCCAACCUACAACCCUAUUUUUUACAUAUCCAAGCUCCAGUAAUUCUCAAAUCCAGUAUUUUAUUCAAACUCUGUUGAGGCAUUUUACUAACCUCAUUCCCUUUUUGGCCUGUAAGACACUUUAGAAUUUCCUAACAGAGUUUACUGUUGUUUAGAAAUUUGCAAGGGCUUCUUUUCCGCAAAUGCCACCAGCAGAUGAUAACUUUGUCAGUAAUGCUGUUGUCUCCUUUUGGUACCACCAGACUGAGACAUGAACCACUCAUGGUACAAAUUUUACUGUUGCAAGAUGACUCCCUUCUCUCUCUAAAAACAAGAUCGGGUUGGCAAAUGAUAUAAAAGCUUUGUUGUUUUGUUUUUCAAGACAAAGGCAAGCUUCUCUAAGCUUGAAUUUAUUAGUUAUUAGAAAGAAAACAGAAAAAGACCCCACAAGACACAAGGAAAAAAUAUCCUGGGCAAUAAAAAAUUAUUUUAAACCAGCUUUGGAGCCACUCUUUGUCUAAGCUCCUGACGGCACCUUUUCAUUCGUAGGAGGCGAUCUGUGUAAAUGACAGCUAUGAAAUGGAAUAGGAACUAAAAUACAUCAGCAGAUUUUACUACUAGUAUGUUGUAAUGCUGUCUUUUCUAUGUUGUAGAAUCUUUAUUUCUGAUAAGGAACGUCUCAGGCCUAGAAAUAUAUGAAAUUGCUUUUGA